UGCUUUGAGUCGCCUUUCUCAAAAAAAGUCUGGCUUUGCUCUGUUACAAAACUAAAAGAAAUUUAUCACUUUGCUGUGGGAGAAUUAGUUGCUGAAUCCUUCUCUUCUCAGUUCUCAUCAGUAAGGUUGAAGACAGGAAAAAUUUCUCAUCUUUUGAGUAACAGUAAGAGUGAAGAAAGGAAAUUUUCUCAUCUUUUCAGGAGUUUGCUUCUCACAACUUGGAAAGGGGAAAAAAUGGAGAUUGUUAUUGGCAUCCUUAGCUUUAUUGCCACAGCUGCAAAGUACGCCAUCUCUCCCAUAAAAAACCAUAUCAAAUACCUUUCCAAUAAUGAGAACCAGGUUCAGACCCUCAAGAAUCAAGCUGAGAGCCUGAAGGAUGCGAGAGAAAGAGUGCAGCAUUCCGUUGAUGCUGCUAAACGAAACGGUGAAGAGAUCGAACAUGAUGUUGACAACUGGUUGACUAAAGUCGACAAGAAGAUCGCUGAAGAAGUAGAGAAAGUAAUGCAAGAUGAAGAAAAAGCAAAGAAAAAGUGUUUCAUCGGCUUGUGUCCUAAUCUCUGGACUCGUUGCAAGCUUAACAUGAAAGCUGAAGAGGAGGCGAAGGCUGUUGCUGAGCUACUUGAGCAGGCCAAAUUUGACAGGGUUUCUUUUCGUGCAGCUCCACAUGGUAUCAUUGCCGCAUCAGUUAAAGGUUUUGAAGAGUUCGAGUCAAGGACGUUGGUUUUGAAUGGAAUCAUGGAGGCGCUGAAAGAUGCUAGUAUCAACCUUAUAGGGGUGCACGGGGUGGGUGGCAUAGGAAAGACUACGCUAGUCAAAGAAGUUGCUAGACAGGUCAAGGAGGGCAAGUUAUUUGAUUCCGUGGUUGUAGCAACCGUAACUCAGACCCUUGAUGUUAAGGGAAUUCAAGAUCAAAUUGCAGAUUUAUUGGGUUUAAGAUUUGAGGAACAGAGUAUGGUAGGAAGGGCACUUCGACUGCAAGAAAGAUUGAAAAAAGAGAAGAAGAUUCUUGUUGUUUUGGAUGAUAUAUGGGCAAGAUUAGAUCUUGAGGAAGUUGGGAUUCCUUUUGGAAAUGAACAUGAGGGAUGCAAGAUUCUGCUGACUUCUAGAGAUCUCAAUAUCCUAUCACGUGGGAUGGAUACUCAGAAAAAUUUUGCUGUUGGCCUUUUAAAUGAAGAAGAAGCCUGGGACCUGUUUAAGAAGAUGGCUGGUGACUGUGUUGAAAGUUGUGAUUUACAGGCUACAGCUAUUGAAGUAGCAAAGAAAUGUGCAGGACUGCCAAUCGCCAUUGCAACAGUUGCAAGGGCUUUGAGAAACAAAAGUUUGUUUGAAUGGAAGAGUGCUUUGUGCGAGCUAAAGAGGCCUUCAUCAAGAGACUUUAAAGGGGUAACAGCAGGCGUAUAUUCAGCUAUAGAGUUGAGUUACAAUUAUUUAGAAAGCGAGGAAGUUAAGUUGACUUUCUUGCUUUGCAGUUUCUUAGGCCAUAAUGGGUUGAUUGAAGACUUGUUGAAAUAUAUAAUCGGUCUGGGUUUGUUUCAUGGCCUCCACACAAUAGAGGAAGCAAGAAACAGAGUAUUGACAGUGAUACAGGAUUCUCAUUGGAGAUGAGUGGGAGUGGUCCAGAAACUAUGAAUACUCAAGAACAUUGAAAUUCAAGUUGUAUUCAAGCAUUUACAUGGAUCAUGGGGUAAAAAUAUUGAUGAACAAGACUGAAGAUUUACAUCUGGAUCAACUUAAAGGCAUCAAGAAUGUACUUGCUGAGUUAAAUAAUGGGGAAGAUUUUACACAUUUAAAGAAACUUCACAUCCAAAAUGGUCGGGAGGUCCAAUAUAUUGCAACAGAGAAAAUUAAGCUUUCUCAAUUGCAGUCCAUGACACUUGAAGGUCUGCCACAGCUCAUUACCUUUUGCUCUCAAGACAAAAGGUGUUUCACAUACCAGCAGCAGGGAACCGCGAGUUCUGAGCCCUUGCCACUUUUCAAUACUCAGUUUAUGUUACCUCACUUGGAAAGCCUGCAAUUGUCUUCAAUUAACGCCAAAAGAAUAUGGCACAGCCAGCU